GCUAAUUUCACAUUUCUCUGAACACUCCAUUUAACUGGAUCACAUUUCUUUCAAACUGCAAAUUACACAAAUGGCACAAAACCCCACAAAGUUCCCUUACACUCGAUGCAAAAUUGCCCUUAGUACUCCUCCAAUUUCUCCACCUCAAAACGUGUCUAAUUUCCUUAAAGCUACUAAUUUGACUAAUUUCCCCUAACUCCCAAUUUCCCUAAGAAUUCACUGUCACAAGUUUCCCUAACCUCAAAUGUGGCGGAUUGUAUUUGCAGAUUUCCUUAAGCCGCAAUUUGGGGAUGCUGGCUGUCGGCUAUUCAACUUUCCCUCUCAUACAGGGACGGCGCUACGCCGGGGCCGGGGGCUGGGCCCGAAUCUUUGUAACCUCACUUCAAACCCCUCCAGCAGUCGUGUUCACACUGUUGGUGAAUAGUCUAUUCUGAUUGGCUCAGAAAAUUCCAUCAUUCAGUUCGAACGUCUCAAGUCAAAAAAAAAAAAAAAUAAUAAUUGUUUCAAACUGUUGUUGGAGCAAACGUACAACCGGACACAGUCCGAUUUUCUGAUAAGUAAACGUGAAAUACUCUAAGGACAGAAAUUUGCGAAAUUAAAACCAUAAUGAUCAGUUCAUCGGUACAUUUAUUUGGUGAUGACAACAACUUGACUGCGAUGCUGCUGAGCAAUUGAGGGAAAAACGAGACCGAAGCGGGACAAAGAGUUCACACCGCGAGAUCGAAAUCAAGUCGCAGACGAGAAGGAUGACGUCAACGGCAAGAAAACAACAAAUUAAAAAAUAAAAAAUAAAAAAAAAUAAAUAAGAGCGGCUCCAACUGCCGGAGACAAAUUCCUUGGGUGUUUUUUGGACAUACUUGGCAAAUACAGAUAGUUCUGAUUCUGAUGCUUGUUUGUUAUUAAACAUUAGCAAAGUGGAAAAUGUCUUUGCUGGAGUUCUGAAUUUCGUUUUAUUCCCUUGGAAGGUUUUGGCAGUGGAAUGACUCUUCAUUGUCAAGCGCUCGGGAGUUGCAAGGGAAAAGAAAUGUUUUUCUUUCUUCACUACAAAAUGUACAAGAUCAUGAAUUUGUAGUUUGAUGAAUGUUUUUGUUUGGCAGGUGUGCAAUUAUCUGCGAUUUCUGUCCUCGAGGCGAGCGUCCUCCGCCGGUCCCUGAUAAUCGUACACCUCGUCGGGCGACGACGUAGACGCGUCCCAUCUUCUGUCUGAGGGAACCCAUACCGGAGUUUGACACUCCGGGCUUGGAGUGUGGGGACCGGACAAAACGCCCCCUAGAGAAGUUGGCCUAACGAGUGUUGUCCCCACGAGAACACAAAGACAAGAGGACACAAACUCUGUGUGUGCGCGUGGCCAAGUUAACGCUGUGCCUCGCUGGCUUUACUCGGGUAAUCCCGCCGCCCAUCUCCAAGCAUCAGAACAUCCGGGGGGGAUUUGCACUCCAUUAGGAGAUGGAUUUUUGCUCCGUCUGUGUGUGCGCGUGUGUUCGGUUGCGUGUGCGCAGACGCUCAUUACGAGAGUGCGGGGCGGAAAAUGCUGAAAAGACUUUUAGUGUCACUCAGGCCGGCAGCCCAACGGUAAGCUGAGGGUGCACGCGGACGCACGGCAUGGACGCGCCGAUGUAUAUUUGGAUGGUGACUUUUGAUGAUCAUCACUUUUAUUAUUCCACACAUGGAUGCAACCAUCGGGAAAGAUCGGCAGGUCGCGUGUCUUCAAAUUCUGGCAGAGAGCCGCGUUAAUCCCGGCAUGUCCCAGAUGACAGACGACAGUAAUGACGGUCAUCGCUUUCACUGGUCAGUUUGGAAUAUUUGAGACCGUUUGUGGUGUCAAUGUUCUCGGAGGUCUGAUUUGUUUUUUUCAAAUUGCAUGGCGGUUGCCCUGACGCGACAGAACGGUUAAGCUAAAAAGGUGAAAUCCCCGCAGGUAUCAUCAUCAUCAUCAUCAACACAAAGCUGUCAGUCAAAUGUGAGCCACAUGGUCGCUUGCACUUUUUCUUUGGCUUUUAUCCUUUGGAUUCUCUUGCAAAUGUCAAUCUCCGUGCUGUGCCUGCUGCCGGCGCCGGCGGCGGCGGCGCCCCGCUGGGCGUGCGCUCGGGCCUGUCCGAGGUCCUGUUCCUGCACGCAAGAGAAGAGCUGCAGCGUGCUGUGCGACCGUUCCGGCCUGGCCGAGCUGCCCAGAGAGUUCCCCUGCGAGGCCUCGCUCAUCAACCUGGACAAGAACAAACUUAAGUUCCUGUCGGAAAGGGCCUUCGGUACCCUGCCGUCCCUCAAGUCCCUCUCGCUGGACCACAACAACAUCUCCUUCAUCACCCCCGGAGCCUUCAAGGGCCUCGCCAACCUGCUGGAACUGAAAAUGGCGCACAACGAGUACAUCAGCUACCUUCACACGAGGACCUUCACGGGCCUCAAGAAGCUGGCGCGCCUCGACAUGUCCGACUGCAACCUCUUCAACAUCCCGGACCGCAUCUUCAUCGAGCAGACGGCGCUCAAGGAACUGCUCUGCUUCCAGAACAAGUUCCGCAGGAUCCCCGGCGCCAUCCGAGGCAUGGAGAACCUGACCCACAUCUACCUGGAGAGGAGCAAGAUCGAGGCGGUGGCCUACAACUCGCUGCUGGGCCUGGGCGGCCUCAAGUACUUGAACCUACAAGAGAACCGCAUCAACGUCAUCCACGACCAGGCCUUCCAGGACCUCGUGCGGCUGGAGAACUUCUACCUCAACGACAACCUGCUGUCCGACCUACCGCGGCUCGCCUUCAAGGGCCUCGUUCGCCUCAAGAUGCUCAACCUCGGUGGGAACCAGCUGACCAAUAUCUCCAAGACCUGGUUCAGCGACCUGGUGGAGCUGGAGAUCCUCUACCUGGACAGGAACCAGCUGCUGUCCAUCGAGGAGGGAACCUUCGAGAACCUGACCAGCCUGAUCACGCUCCAUCUGAACAGCAACAACCUCACCGCUCUCCCCUUCCCGGUGUUCCAGCCCAUCUACUUCCUGGGCCGGCUCUAUCUCUUCAAGAACCCCUGGGAGUGCGACUGCUCCUUGGAGUGGCUCCAGGAGUGGAUGCAGAAUUACAACCUGGUGCGGGACAUCCCGUGCUCGUCGCCGUCGUCUGUGGCGGGACUUGAUCUGGGCGAGGUGGUCUUCGCCAAAGUGAACGGCACGUGCGUGGAUCCCGCCGAACUGAACCUGACCACCGUGUCCGCAGAGGUGGUCUCCACCACGGAGAACCGCUUCAACAGCCUCAUUUCCCGGCUGCUGCACCAGGAACUCCGGGAAGAAGCGGUGAACGGGACGGACGGCGCUCGCAACGGGACGCUGCCGGAAGCCGAGGACGGACGGCUCGCCGCGGGGGUCGGAGGGCAACGCGGGCGAGCGUGGCCCCCGGCUCUCUAUUUCCUUGCGGCUUGGCUCGUCUUUGCUUUCUCCGGGAUGAAUGCUGGAAUUUCUUGCACGUGAACGUGUGGAAGAUCGACACGAUGGCUUCGUGUACAGUAUGACAUGAAUAUGAUAUCUCCAUCGAUAAAACAACUCGAUAGAAAAGAAGCUUACACCUUCAAGCCACGAGGCGGGUGUUGAUUUCAUUGGUAAGAGGGUCAGGGUUGUAUUUUGAGUUGGGGACUUGGGGCUCAGGAUUAGGCUUCGAAACGAGGGUUAGGUUUUUUCAUGUUUGAGUUCUGGUUCGGGCUCUCUACUUCCGCGUGGCUCGGCGCAUCUUCAGCCGCUCCGCUUUGCCAAACGGCGGACCGUGGACUUGCUUGCGUUCGACGUUCACGAACGCACGGAAGCUUUUCUAAUGCUCGACCUGAUGGCUUCCUGUACCACAAUGGACUCAUUACAUAAGAGAAGGCCGAUCGAAAUGUACACACGUAGUUGCGUAAUGCGGCACUUUAAUUAGAAUCGUAUGUUUCGAGGUUAAAGGUCGAUGUAGGGAAACGGAUGUCGUCCACUCUAGCGGUUUUUUGAUGUUGUUUUUUUCCCCUCGUCCAUCUUCUUCUGGCUCGUGAGUAGUUGUAGUAGUGCUCGCGCCUCCUCCGGACGGACGGACGGACGGACGGAGCCUCCCGCUUUCAGCACGCACGGUUGGGAUCCCGCGACACGCUUUACCAUUGAGGAUGGAAAGACCGUUCCUUUGCAACUCUGACCAUCCACUCCAAUAUUGCCCCCGCUAACUCGCACGCCAAGUGUGAUCCAUCCAGCUCAGUACUUUUGAAAGCUUUUCUUGUAAAUGUGCAACGUUAGUCUCAUAAAAAGAAUUUUUUUCCCCUCAUAAAAUCGCACGUUUUGUCUCAUAACUUGACCUUGUCGUAAUAUUUUCAUCUUACUCUUGUAAUGUAAAUAUAUAUAUAUUUUUUUUUUUAAACAAUCGGAAUAUUAUGACAGAGUCCUGAAAUUCUUGGGAUGUCCCGAUCCAACUUUGUCCCUUCCGGUCCGAUACCAAUACUGCAGUCUUGAAUUUUGGCUGAUUUUGAAAUAUGGAAUGUAAUAAAAGGCUUGAUCAGGUGACAUGACUCAAACGGAGAACAAUAAUCAGCAACAGAGAAAAACUGGCCCAUUUGUUAUUAACAAGUAACUUUAAACAUUAUACAUUAUAUUUCAACUUAAUAGUCAAACUUUAUUCAUGUAAAAUUAUGACUCAUACAUUUUUGGCAACGAUGACUUUAUUCCCUUAGUGUUUUGACUUUAUUCUCAUUCAAUUAUUUCCAUUGGAGUUUUGAUUUGUGUAAAAAUGACCUGUUUUUACUCCUAUUUUUCCAAUCUCAAAUGAAACUGACAAAAGUAAAAUUGCGACUUUUUUUUCCUUGUAACGUCAUCACUUAAGUGAUUCCUAUUUUUUUCCAUAUUCCAACUUUAUUCUGUAAAAUGACAAUUCAUAUUACAUUGUGUAUUGUCUUUUUUCCCCCCCCUUGUGACAAUGUGACUUUAUCCUCACAAUAUGAUUAUAUAUAAUAUCUGUCUUCUCCUAAAGUUGAGAUUUGUGUCCUCUCACUUUCAUUGUUGUUAUAAUGCAACUUGCGUCGCGCUUCUCCUGCUGACGGGUGCGCCCGAGCCAGCCAAUCGCAGGCCACACAUUCGCACCUACGGGCAAUUGAGAGUGUUGAAUCAACCUCCCGCGCAUGUUUUGGGGAUGUGGGAGGAAAGCGGAUCACCCGGGGAAAAGCCACGCGGGCACGGGGAGAACAUGCGACCUCCACACAGGCGGGGCGGGGAUUUGAACCCCGGUCCCCAGAACUGUGAGGCGGUGGUGCUAACCGGUCUUUUUUCCAUGUGAAAACUUUAUGCAUUAUGACUUGAUUCUUGUAAUAUUUUCAAUUUAUUCUCAUAAUUAUACCUUUUAUGAAUCUGAAUAUUAUGACAAUUAAUUUUCUUAUAUUACAACUUGAUUCUCAUCAAAUUACGACCUAUUAAAAGUACACCUUUUUC